AGCAUCCAUUCACGUGUUGCAUUUCUGGCUGGAUUUGAACCAGAGAUAUACAAUUGCUGUCCAAACUCAUGUGUGUGUUAUGUCGGUGCUCAUGAGAAGUGGAUGGAAUGUCCAUUUUGCCAAGAACCUUGGUAUCAUGCUGAUGGAAAGGCCCACAAGAAAUUCACAUACAUUCCUCUCAUUCCCUGCCUUCGUGCUUUUGCCAUGAAUCAAAAGAUGGCUGAGAGCAUGCAGUACCAUGCUAAAGGUCAUCAGCACAAACCGGGGCAGGUCGAGGAUGUCUUUGAUGGCACAGUGUACUGCCAGCUCUUACGCCAGUUGGUCCAGGUUGGAGAGUGGAUUUAUCACUACCGGUAUUUUGGUGAUUGGCGGGAUAUAGCAUUAUGCUUGUCAACAGAUGGAUUUGGCCCAUUCAAGCAUCACAAGCACACA